AUGGAGCUGGGCUGGUGGGCGCAGCUGGGGCUCACUUUCCUGCAGCUCCUUCUCAUCUCGUCCCUGCCAAGAGAGUACACAGUAAUUAACGAAGCCUGCCCUGGAGCUGAGUGGAAUAUCAUGUGCCGUGAAUGUUGUGAAUAUGAUCAGAUUGAGUGUGUCUGCCCUGGGAAGAAGGAAGUUGUGGGUUAUACCAUCCCCUGCUGCCGGAACGAGGAGAAUGAGUGUGACUCCUGCCUGAUUCACCCAGGCUGUACCAUCUUCGAAAACUGCAAGACUUGCCGAAAUGGUUCCUGGGGGGGAACUCUGGAUGAUUUCUAUGUGAAGGGGAUCUACUGUGCAGAAUGCCGAGCAGGCUGGUAUGGGGGAGACUGCAUGCGAUGUGGCCAAGUUCUGCGAGCCCCAAAGGGUCAGAUUUUGUUGGAGAGUUAUCCCCUAAAUGCUCACUGUGAAUGGACCAUUCAUGCCAAACCUGGGUUUAAUGUCCAGUUAAGGUUUGUCAUGUUGAGCUUGGAGUUUGAUUAUAUGUGCCAAUAUGAUUAUGUUGAGAUCCGUGAUGGAGACAACAGUGAUGGCCAGAUCAUCAAGCGUUUCUGUGGCAAUGAGCGGCCAGCUCCCAUUCGGAGCACUGGCCCCUCACUCCAUGUCCUCUUCCAUUCUGAUGGCUCUAAGAACUUUGAUGGCUUCCAUGCCAUUUUUGAGGAGAUCACAGACAAAGCUGGAUCUUACAAGUGUGCCUGCCUGGCAGGCUAUACUGGGCAGCAGUGUGAAAAUCUCCUUGAAGAAAGAAACUGCUCAGACCCUGGGGGCCCAGUCAAUGGAUACAAGAAAAUCACAGGAGGCCCCGGACUUCUCAAUGAGCACCAUGCAAAAAUUGGCACUGUUGUGUCCUUCUUUUGUAACAACUCAUACGUUCUUAGUGGCGAUGAGAAGAGAACUUGCCAGGAGAAUGGAGGGUGGUCAGGGAAACAGCCCAUCUGCAUAAAAGCCUGCCGAGAACCAAAGAUCUCAGACCUGGUGAGGCGGAGAGUUCUUCCCAUGCAGGUUCAAUCAAGGGAGACACCGUUACACCAGCUGUACUCAGCAGCACUCAGCAAGCAAAAACUGCAGGGCGCCCCUACCAAGAAGCCAGUUCUUCCCUUUGGAGACUUGCCUGCUGGGUACCAACAUCUGCACACCCAGCUUCAGUACGAGUGCAUCUCACCCUUCUACCGCCGCCUGGGCAGCAGCCGAAGGACUUGUCUGAAGACUGGGAAAUGGAGUGGGCGGGCUCCAUCUUGCAUCCCUAUCUGUGGGAAAAUAGAGAACAUCACUGCUCCGAAGACCCCCCAGGGCAUACGCUGGCCAUGGCAGGCAGCCAUCUACAGGAGGACCAGUGGGCUAGAUGAGAGCAGCCUGCACAAGGGCGCAUGGUUCCUGGUGUGCAGCGGCGCCCUGGUCAACGAGCGCACCGUGGUGGUUGCUGCCCACUGCGUCACCAACCUGGGGAAGGUCACCAUGAUCAAGACAGCAGACCUGAAAGUCGUCUUGGGGAAAUUCUACAGGGAUGAUGACCGGGAUGAGAAAACCAUCCAGAGCUUGAGGAUUUCUGCUAUCAUUUUGCAUCCCAACUAUGAUCCCAUCCUGCUAGACUCUGAUAUGGCUGUCCUGAAACUCCUAGACAAGGCUCGCAUCAGCACCCGAGUACAGUCCAUCUGCCUAGCGGCCAUGCGUGAUCUCACCACCUCCUUCCAGGAGUCACACAUCACCGUGGCUGGCUGGAACGUCCUGGCUGAUGUGAGGACCCCUGGCUUCAAGAACGAUACACUGCGCUCAGGGGUGGUCAGAGUGGUGGACUCGUUGCUGUGUGAGGAGCAGCAUGAAGACCACGGUAUCCCAGUGAGUGUCACGGAUAACAUGUUCUGUGCCAGCCAGGACCCCACUGCCCCUUCUAACAUCUGCCUAGCAGAGACAGGGGGCAUUGCAGCAGUGUCCUUCCCGGGGCGGGCAUCACCUGAGCCGCGCUGGCACCUAGUGGGGCUCGUCAGCUGGAGCUACGAUAAAACAUGCAGCCACAGCCUCUACACAGCCUUCACCAAGGUGCUGCCUUUUAAAGACUGGAUUGAGAAAAACAUGAAAUGA